ACCAGGUGACCCAUAUUGACUGGCCCUAAGUAACUACCAGGAAUUGCUUUGUUCAAGUCAACGUUGAUGUCUGUAGGACCCAGCUGUGAGCACCACCUGCUGGACAGGGGCCUGGGUCACCUCGAGUCCUUUAAAAUUGGAUCCCUCAGCAGCUUUGGCUGCGGCCGUGUAAAAAGGGGCUGGUGGCUGGUGAAGCCCAGAGAAGGGAGGGGACCUGCUCCAGCUCACACAGGAAUUGGGCCUUGCCUCCCUCCAUCCAGGACACUGGUCCCCACAGGGCUGUGGCCCACCCUUCCUCCUUGUGGUUAGGAAGUGACCCCCUCCCCCCCACCACCACCUGGGCCUGGCUUUAUCCCAGGACCUGGGCACUGCAGGGAGUAAGCGAGCAGGACAGCAGGUGGACAGCGGCGGCAGCAACAGCACUGCCCUGUGCCUCUCGGCCCGCCAUAUGCCCCCACAGGGCCAUGCUGAGGGCCAUGAGGCUCUGGUGCCUAGAGAGUUACAGCUGGGGCCCCUCCCAGUCUCCAGGGUACCGUCCCUUAGCAACAGCCCGGCCCGGCAGGACACACUGCCAACGCUGGGCAGAGCAGGCAGAAGGCAGAAGGCAGGCGGAGCAGCUACCCGGACUCCAGGACAGACGAAGGCCAGAUCUCUCUCCCAUCCAGCAGCCCAGGGAGCCCUGACCCAUCAUGGAUGCUGUGGACGCCACCAUGGAGAAGCUCCGGGCCCAGUGCCUGUCCCGAGGGGCCUCGGGCAUCCAGGGUCUGGCCAGGUGAGCUGUCCCCUCACACCUCCCCAACCCCCCGGAUCACUUUCCAACCACGCUCCCUGCCCACGCCCCCUGCCCCCCAGGUUUUUCCGCCGCAUGGACCGGGACAGGAGCCGGUCCCUGGACGCAGGGGAGCUCCAGCGGGGCCUGGCCGAGCUGGGGCUGGUGCUGGACACAGCCGAGGCGCAGGGCGUGUGCAGGCGCUGGGACCGUGACGGCAGUGGGACGCUGGACCUGGAGGAGUUCCUGCGGGCACUGCGGCCCCCCAUGUCCCAGGUCCGGGAGGCAGUCAUCACAGCCGCGUUCACCAAGCUGGACCGCAGCGGGGACGGCGUGGUGACUGUGGAUGACCUCCGGGGGGUGUACAGCGGCCGCGCCCACCCCAGGGUGCGGAGCGGGGAGUGGACGGAGGAGGAGGUGCUCCGCCGCUUCCUGGACAACUUUGACUCCUCCGAGAAGGACGGGCAGGUCACGCUGGCCGAGUUCCAGGACUACUACAGUGGCGUGAGCGCCUCUGUGGACACGGAUGAGGAGUUUGUGGCCAUGAUGACCAGCGCCUGGCGGCUGUGAGCGGUGCACACCCACUCGGCUGGCACCAUGCAGCGUAGGGCCCCACCCGGCACCCCUGGGUCAGGGCCCCUCUCACCUGGGCUUUGAGCUGAGCAGCCCCGGGGUGGGGGAUGGAGGGGAUUGUGGGAAGAUUGAGGCCGCAGAACCGGCUGGACCAGGUCUCCAGGGACACGGCUUGGCCACCAGGUGUCAGUGGGACAAAGGUUCCAACGAUGGGUCACUGGUUCAGGAGCCCAGGGAGUGAGACCCUCCAUGCCCACGCCAUGCCGACCCCAGGUCUCCUCCUGGGUCUGCUCAAGUGAACCCUGUCAGCACCCUCACCCCUCCCUCGUGACUCCCCCAGGAAGCCAGGCAGCGCCCGGGUGGGGAAGCAAACUGCUCUUCUGUGACGCAAGGCUCUGCACGGAGCGGCCGGUCUUGGAAGGCAGCCGAGCUUGGUCACCUGCCCAGGUGUGGAGUGCGGGGCAAGCCAGGCUGCUGAGGAACCGUUCCUGGACAGGUUGCCUGGCUUCCUGAGGCCCCUGGGGCAUGCGGGAGGCCAGAGUUUUAGUUAAAAGUUUUAAUGUAGUUCCCAAAUACAUUUCAUAUGACAAUCUUACAUAAAUGUUCCAAAACA